CGUUGUUGACCAUCAGGCUACAAAAUGAUAGAUUUGGUUUUGCUACAAGAAGCCAAGGGUGGUAAUCCUGAAUUAGUUAAGGAGUCACAAAAGAAGAGAUACGCCAGCGUCGAGUUAGUCGACGAAGUCUUGAAAUUGUACCAAGAUUGGACGAGUAUCAGCUACGAGUCACAGCAACUCAACACUCAAAUAAACCAAACUCAAAAGGCUAUCACAGCAAAGAAGAAGAACAAAGAGAGUGCAGAUGAUGAGCUCGCAAAGAAGAAGGAACUUGACAGUAAGGUUGCUGGUAUCAAGCAACAAGCUUUGGUUGCAGAGCAAGCUAUGAAAGCUAAGGCAGUCACUAUUGGAAAUAUCGUACACACAGCCGUACCUAUAGACGACAACGAGGAUAACAAUGUCAUCCUCCGCUUGUGGCAUCCAGAAGGUCCAAACGCUCAAGUUGAAAAGAAGGAAGGUAUUCUUGCACACCAUGAAGUUUUACAAAGAUUGGACGGUUUCGACUUAGAAAGAGGUCAAAAGAUUGCUGGACACAGAGGUUACUUUUUGCAAGACACCGCAGUUGAUCUCAACCUCGCACUUAUCAGCUAUGGUCUUGAUUUCCUCAGAAAGCGUCAAUUUAAGAAGGUAAUGACACCAUUUAUGAUGCGCAAAGAUAUGAUGAGCAAGACAGCGCAACUCGAACAAUUCGAUGAGGAACUCUACAAAAUUGAAGACGUUGGCGGUGAAGAUGAUAAAUAUCUUAUCGCAACAUCUGAGCAACCAAUUAGUGCAAUGUUUGCAAAUGAGUGGUUUGAGAAACCUCAAGAUCAAUUACCAAUUAGAAUGGCCGGAUAUUCAACUUGUUUCAGAAAAGAAGCAGGAAAACACGGUAAAGACACCUGGGGUAUCUUCAGAGUACAUCAAUUUGAAAAGAUUGAACAAUUCUGCGUUACUUCACCUGAAAAAUCUUGGGAAAUGUUUGAUGAAAUGGUCAACAACAGUGAAGAAUUCUACCAAAGUUUGGGUAUACCAUACAGAUUAGUCAAUAUUGUUUCAGGUGCACUUAACAACGCAGCUGCUCAGAAGUACGAUUUGGAAGCUUGGUUCCCAUACUUGGGUGAAUGGAAAGAAUUGGUUAGUACAUCAAAUUGCACUGACUAUCAAUCAAGAUCACUCGAAGUCAGACAUGGUAUAAAGAAGCAAGGUGAGACUAACAAAACAUACGUCCACAUGUUAAACGGUACAAUGUGUGCAACUGAGCGCGCUAUGUGUUGUCUUGUUGAGAACUGGCAAAAUGAAGAAGGUUUGGUCGUCCCACCAGUCCUCCGUAAGUACAUGGAUGACAGAGAGUUCAUCCCAUUUGUCAAGGAACUCCCAAAGACUAAAGCAAACAAAUCAAAAAAGUAAAAAUAAAUAAUUAUGCAUCCAUAUUUCUACAUUCAGCUAUCCUCGGGCACCACCUUGAAACCAGUUGCUGAUAGGAGGCAAUUUGAAUCCAGCCCCCGAAGAAGGUUGCCUCUGUGAAGUCAAAACCGCGGAAGUAGGUAAAGUGACGACUUUACGCGGUUGUGAGUAACUAUGCUGUGCCUGUGCCUGCGCCUGCGCAAAAUGAUCUGAAGAAUCGACAGAGGAUGCCGGCGAAUGGAGUGUCCUGCUCGAUGCGCCGGAUGUAGUGCUUUCAUUUGAGAGUUUGCGUCGCUUGAACCCUGGUGAAGGACCCCUACGCUUCUGCACUCGGGUAUAUUCACAGCCCAAGCCAGCGUGGGCGCACCGUGAGCAUGGUUUUAUCACCGUCGGAGGCAAUCCAUUUAGAUCUGGGACAAUGGUACCGUCACAGCGUAGCUUCUUCUGUGUACAUCUGUCGCAAGCUCUCGUCACUCUGCUUAUCGGUUGUUUUCCUUGGUUUGCUAUUGUUGCUUGUUGUGUGUGAUUGUGUGAUGGUGGCUGUACGUCUGCAUGAGUCUGUCUAUGGAUUUCAGGGCUUUCGUUCAAUAUCGAUGCUGGGAAUUUAAAUUUAGACUGCUUAUAGGUUAGCCAUGAAUGGUAAUUAUAUUCUGACUUACUGUGCUACUGCUUGAUUGUGAGUCUGCAAACAUUCUUGGUGGUAUAUGUUGAAGAGUGUCCACACUCGGAGUUUGUUGCCCAUAGGAGUUAAUAUUACCCAAGUCGGUCUGCGAUCCCCGUGUCAUCUACAUU